UUGUUUCGAUCACGUGAUACGAGCUUACGAAGAUGGUGGAAGUUUCUUCUUCCUUGAAGUGAAACCCCCAACAGAAACCCAAACAUCCUGGUGAGCGAAGGCUGGGUGGACACUUUAGAUACAGCGCGUUAGUUUUACAGCUCCUCGCUCGGACUCCGGCCUUUAUACCAGCCCUAUGUCAUGGCCAGUGGAGCCACCAAGUCGGGCACUUCCAAUGGAUACCCUAUUAGGGCACAGCUACAAAUCGUUGUGCUAUCAGCAAAACUGAAAGAAAACAAGAAAAACUGGUUUGGUCCCAGUCCCUAUGUGGAAGUGACAGUCGACGGCCAGUCCAAGAAAACAGAGAAAUGUACCAACACUCACAGCCCCAAAUGGAAGCAGCCGCUCACUGUGAUCGUAACUCCAUUCAGCAAACUAGUGUUUCGUGUGUGGAGCCAUCAGACCCUGAAGUCAGAUCUGUUGCUAGGGAUGGCCACGCUGGAUCUUAGUGAAACACUCAAAUCUAAUGACAUGAAAAUUUCUGAGGUGGUGCAGACCUUACAACUGUGUGCAGACAGGGACGAGUCAGACGUGGUGGGGGACCUGUCUGUCUGCCUUGACGGCAUGACUGUUGAUCCUGAUAUGUUCGCAAAAGCAGAAGCCGACCAUCACAGUACAUCAAAUGGGGAGUCGCAGCCAAAUGGUGAUCAUUCCAUAAGGCACAGUCGAGACAGCUCUCCAGCUGUGGACAGCAUAGAGCACAAGUCCUCUCCUAGUGGCCGUAGAUCAGUAAACAGCACAGGGUCUCCAUCGGUAUCUUCAACAGGGCUGAGGCCUGUUCGACCACCUAGGCCAUCUAGACCUCCGCCUCCAACCCCACGCAGACCCAACUCUUCACCAGCAUCUUCCAGCAAUGACUCUGCUGCAGCAGACUGCAGCGACGGCCAGUCAGGUUCUGAUACCCCAGUGCGAGUGCCGGCCUCGGGUCCCUCAUCAGCCCCAGACUCAAGUCCAUCAUGGGGCUCUGACAGGAACUCCACAGUGGCCUCCGGUUCUGGAGCUGCAGCAACCAGGCAGCCGACCAGCACCAUCACCCCUGCUGUCACUCCCAGAGUCCCCGCAGUCAGCACAGGACCCUUGCCUCCUGGAUGGGAGCAGAGAGUGGAUCAGAACGGCAGGCUUUAUUAUGUUGAUCACGUGGAGAAGAAAACAACGUGGGAACGGCCUGAACCACUGCCCCAUGGCUGGGAGCGUCGUGUUGACCAAAUGGGGCGGGUCUACUUUGUUGAUCACAUGACACGUACCACCACAUGGCAACGCCCCACUGUGGAGUCAGUGCGCAAUUAUGAACAAUGGCAGCACCAGCGAAGCCAGCUGCAGGGCGCCAUGCAGCAAUUCAACCAGAGAUUUAUAUUUGGGGCCCAAGACCAGGCCACAGCCACUCAAAAUAAGGAGUAUGAUCCUCUUGGGCCUCUACCACAGGGAUGGGAGAAGAGAACAGACUCCAAUGGCAGAGUUUAUUUUGUGCAUCACCCUACACGGUCAACACAGUGGGAGGAUCCAAGAACACAGGGUUUGCUGAAUGAGAAGCCCCUUCCUGAAGGCUGGGAGAUGCGCUUCACUGUAGACGGUAUUCCUUAUUUUGUCGACCACACCAGGAGAACCACCACCUACAUCGACCCCCGCACUGGAAAAUCCUCACUUGAAAAUGGACCCCAGAUCACCUAUGUUCGAGACUUCAAAGCCAAAGUACAGUACUUCAGAUUCUGGUGCCAGCAACUGGCGAUGCCUCAACACGUCAAGAUCAACGUAUCCAGAAAAACCCUGUUUGAGGACUCCUUCCAGCAGAUAAUGAGCUUAAAUGCUCAAGAUCUGCGAAGGAGGCUGUGGAUCAUCUUCCCUGGAGAAGAAGGGCUUGACUAUGGCGGUGUUUCCAGGGAGUGGUUCUUCCUGCUGUCCCAUGAGGUUUUGAACCCGAUGUAUUGCCUGUUUGAAUAUGCUGGUAAAGAUAACUACUGUCUUCAGAUCAACCCAGCCUCCUACAUCAACCCUGACCACCUCAAGUAUUUCAAGUUCAUAGGACGCUUUAUUGCCAUGGCUCUUUUCCAUGGCAAGUUCAUCGACACUGGUUUCUCACUGCCAUUUUACAAGCGCAUCCUCAACAAGCCGCUGACCCUCCACGACCUGGAGUCCAUUGAUCCGGAGUUCUACAACUCCCUCAUGUGGAUCAAGGAUAACAACAUUGAGGAGUGCGGGCUGGAGAUGUUCUUCUCUGUUGACAAGGAGAUCCUGGGGGAGAUCUCCACUCAUGAGCUGAAGCCAGGAGGAGGUGACAUCCAAGUCACAGAAGAGAACAAGGAGGAGUACAUCAGGCUGGUGGCAGAGUGGCGCCUGUCCAGAGGAGUAGAAGAGCAGACACAGGCUUUCUUUGAAGGCUUCAAUGAGGUCCUCCCUCAGCAGUACCUGCAGUACUUUGAUGCAAAAGAGUUGGAGGUCAUGCUGUGUGGUAUGCAGGAGAUUGACCUGGUAGAGUGGCAAAGAAACACCAUCUACAGACACUAUGCUCGCAGCAGUAAACAGAUCGUCUGGUUCUGGCAGCUGGUGAAGGAGAUGGACAAUGAGAAGAGGAUGAGACUGCUGCAGUUCGUCACUGGUACCUGUCGCCUGCCAGUCGGAGGCUUCAAUGACCUCAUGGGAAGCAACGGUGCUCAAAAGUUCUGCAUUGAGAAGGUGGGAAAAGAAAACUGGCUUCCCAGAAGUCACACAUGCUUCAACAGACUGGAUUUGCCACCCUACAAGAGCUACGAGCAGCUGAAAGAGAAGCUGAUGUUUGCCAUUGAGGAAACGGAAGGCUUUGGACAGGAGUAAAGAAAACCAGGAGGAGCUGGGUGCAGGAGUCUGGAGGAAUGAAAAAACCCCACCAGUGUUCAAAUCAGGGAGCCUCUUUAGAAUAGGCAGGAGUUUUUGGGAGUUUGUGCUCAUGCAUGCACUCACAUGUGUAGUACUUCUAUGGGAGCAUAUGCUAGACUGUUGUCUGCAUGUUGUUGGGUUUUGGGCACGGGCCCUGCACACUGCAGUCUCAGCAGGCCUCUGCACGCCCGACAGCUUGGAGAAAUUUUUGUAUCGUUUCAAACCAAAACAUGGACGCUGCUCCCGUCUCUCAGAAUGUGCACCGCUCUAUGCCCGGUGAACUCGUCCUCUGUGACAUCUGUUUAACAAGACUACAGGUUUUUUGUUUUGUGCUUUCGACUCAUAUGAUCAUGUCAGGUAAGAAGGAGGGGUUAAACUGAAAACAUCUUGACCUGACGGAGCACAAGAAGUUCCAGGAGUAAAACCUUUAAAGAGAUUGAGAGGGUCUGCUUUUUCUUCUAAAGAGUCACCAAAAAUCAUUUUUAAAUUCUGUUGUUUUAGAAUCGAACUCACACUUUGAUCUGCAUGUUAAUUAUAACAAGACCCUUUUUUUUUCUCAAAAGUAGUGCUUCAAACUUUUACUAACAGACAAUCCUGGUGCUUCAGAGAGAUUUGGCCACAUGCCUAUUUUGCGUUCCUGCUUCUUUAGUAUUUGAUCUGGGAAUCGAUUCGAUGAUUGUGAAAAGUGUUGUAACCUCCAUUGUCUUUAGUGGUGGGAAGAGUGGGAGAGAACUUAGAGGCCCUAGUUUUAUAGGGCCAGAGUUUGCACGCUGUGAUGUGUGAUGGGGGACAUUGUGGAUUAGAGUAUCCUGGGGGAGUCUUUUAAGUUAUUCAUCUUAGUAUCAGCUUUAAAAUGUUUUCCAGCUUUCUCCUUUUAUUUCACGGGAUAGUCUUGAUUAAAAAUUAAAUAAAUUAACAUCCUGAGGAAAUCCUUUUUAGUAAUUAAUGAAUCGAGAUUUGUUUUGAUGCUAUUUAAAGUUAAAAGUUUGAAAACAAGACACCAAAAUCAAGUCAAACCAAAUCAACUUUUAAAUGAUAAUGGAUAUUUUGAAUGCUCACUUAACAGCUUGAAAAUAAGCAGUUUGUAGCUUUUUGUACACGUGUAGCAUUUGAAUUGGAUCGAGCUCUUUGCCUUAGUUGAACUUUUACAAACCCUACAGCGAGAGACAAAAUGAAAGAGACAAAGCGUUUUGGAAUUGAAAAAGGUUGAAUUCUGUCUUCCCUUUUCCACUUAGAGGAACAUUUUACCUCUAAAUGCUUUUAGCAGAGAAAGCAGUUUGUAAUUCUAUAGUUUGUGGAUUUGGGUAAUUCUAAGAAAAACAGAAUUUUAAAGCUGUGCGAGGCAUUGUACUGCUUCAAGGAAAAAAAUUAAAGUCAUGAAUUCCUGGGAAGAAAAAGUCUGAGAUUAAAGUGGUAAAUUUAUAAGAGGGGGAGGGGUGAGCCCGGACUUCAAAUUCAGACCCGAGACGACACCACCUGCUGGUUCGUGCCUGCAGUGUAUCACAGCUGACAAUUAUGGUCACAAAAUGACCUUCUCAUUAUAAACAUCUGCACUUUGAAGAUACUCGCCCAUGAUUCAGGCCUGUUCAAAUGAAAGUAACAUACAGACCGAGAUGCUGUGAUAGUUGUUAUCACAGACCAGCACUCUGUAAUGUGACCACUUCUUACCAAAACUUUUUUUUUCUCCUAAAAUAACCACUUUAAUCUCAGACGGGAUCUUGAUUUUUAUUUUUUAUUUUUUUAAAUCCUGCAUUAUUUUUAAUGUCAUGAUUUUAAGCUUUUUGUUUUGUUUUUGUUUGUUUUUUCUUUGAAAAUGAUAAGUCUUCCAUAGCUUCAUAUUCUUAAAUUUUUUUACCUUACCUAGAAUGCAUUACGAAAGUGAAAAGGUGUGUUUUUGUGUGAGAGAGAUUCUUGCUUCACCUUCUAGGUUAUGUAUCAUGGAACAGCUGACUUGGGCAGAUUGUUGUAUUAAAAUGUGAAUGCACAAAGAAACCUCCUGAUGCUUUGCCAAGGUGGUAUCCAGAGGGGAGGGGUGUGUGUGUGUGUGUGUGUGUGUGUGUGUGUGUGUGUGCUGAGGUUGGUGUAGUUUGGCAUCAAUCAUAUGAAAUUUAGAGCAGCAGGUAGUGUGGGUUCUCAUUUUUAGAGCGCUCCUUUGAAUGAUUCAGGUUACACACUUGAAAGACUGUUGGGGUCACUGAUGGGGGCAUUGGAUUCAGGCGGUGUUAGUCUAAUAAAGCACGGCACUUUCUUUCCCAACACCCCCAGCGUGUGCGAGUUCCAUCCUGCUUUGUCUGUACCCCUGGACUCACCGUUUCCACGUGCAUGGUGAGAUCAUCUGUCAUUAGCCUUCAGGUAGCCUUAUUUCCACCCUCGGGCUUCAGGCAUGCUUUGUUAGCAGCUUGAAGCUGGCAGAGAUGAUCCACCGCAGGUUGCUUUAUGCUAAAGUGAAUACUCUGGACUGCACCAGAUUGAGCUUGGGGGGGGGGGUGUCACGUGGCCUGUUUUUAAAUAGUCAAGUGUGACCUCGGCUAGGACAACAACUACUGAGACAAUGCUAGCAUAAAAACUGAUGAAUGUAUCAAGAUGGAAAGUUGGUCUAGUUGCCUAUUUACAGCUUUGCCUCAGAUUGUUUUCCCUGAUGCAGGAUGAUGUUUUGAUCUUGUUCUGGGUCGAUCGCAUAUUAAAAUCUUGGGAACAUAGUUGAAUAGAUAUGUAAAUAUUAACUGCUUCUUUUUUUCUUUUUUGGGGUUUGUUGUUUAAAUUUUUUUUUGUCUAGAAGCCUCCAUAUCCAAAUAAACCACUGUCACUCCCCUGUACAUGAAGUUGUAAAUGGUGUCAAUAACAAAGUUUCUUUUUUAAAAGAGAGGUUUUAAAAAGAGGUUUAUGUUAACACUAUUUUCUUUUCCCUGUUUAAUUUCUGAUGUAUAUGAACGUUGUGUAAUAUAGAUAAUGCCACCUUAAUAAAUUAACUCAGAAAUGUG